UUUUUUUUUUUUUAUUUAUUUCCGCGAGUCGUAGGUCACGGCGAAUUAAAAUAAAAAUUAUUCUAUAUUAACGAAAUGUCGUAUUAUUAUUUAAAACUGGCCGCUUAUUCUAUUAGUGAUACGUUGUCUAAUUACGCGCAUUUAAACUUGCGUGCUUGUUGCUAGUUCGCCAGAAAUUUGUCAGUAGUCCGUCUGUCGUCGUAAUUUUGUUAAAUUACAGCCCGUAAAUAAGUAGUUUCAGAAUGGACAGCGCUCUGGCUUUGGAGAUCGAGCAGGUCUCGCGUCAGAAGGCGCUGGAGGAGGAAGCGCUUCGCGGCGAGUCGGCUGUGCGGCAGUUCUACGCGGGAACCACAGCGCUGAUCACUGGAGGGACGGGCUUCAUCGGGAAACAACUCAUAGAGAAGCUUCUAAGAUCGUGCGACGUUAAGCGGCUUUACAUAUUGGCACGAUCGAAAAAGGGACUGUCUAUGGAAGAAAGGCUCCAGUUACAAUUUAAAGAUCCUGUAUACGACAAUUUACGGUCUCAACAACCAGAUUUCGCUCGGAAAGUGAUACCUGUCGAAGGUGACAUCUCAGAACUAGGCGUCGGCUUGAACGACGAAGACAGGAUGAAGCUUGAGCAAGAGGCGAAUGUCAUAUUCCACGUGGCCGCCACGACCAGGUUCGAAGAGCCACUAAAGAAGGCCACAUUCAUCAACGUCAGAGGAACCAGGGAGAUCCUUGAAUUGGCCAAAUGCUGCAAAAAUCUAAGAUGCUUCGUACACGUGUCAACUGCGUUCUUCAAUGCCACGAAGACCAAAAUAAAUCACACCAUUGAGGAGAAAUUCUAUGAAAGCCCUAUCCCUCCGGAAGUCAUGAUACAGCUCGCGGAGACAGUCGAAGAAUGCAGACUCAACGCGAUCACUGCUGAUUUGAUAAGGGACUGGCCCAACACGUACUGCUUCACGAAGGCCAUAGCGGAGGAUGUCGUGCGUACAAUGGGCAAGGCUUUACCUGUGGCCAUAGUGAGGCCACCCGCAGUUGCCUGCACGCUCAAUGAACCCACACCUGGAUGGCUGGAUAUGAGCUCGGUGAUCGGUCCCAGCGGGAUUCUUUUAAGCGCAACCCUUGGCGUGACGCAUGUGGUUUUAAUGGGUGACAUAAUGAUAGCGCUAGCUCCUGUGGACUACGUCAACAACACUGUAUUGGCGACAGCGUGGGAAACCGACAAACGUUUUAAAAAUAAUGAAAAAGAGUCUAAGAUUUACAAUAUAAGCAACUCCAGAUGCACACUUGAGAAAAAUCUUUUGUGCGAUGUCCUGCAUCAUCCUAACACAAAACAGUACGCUACGCCGAAAGCCGUUUGGUACUGUUAUGGUUUUGACACUGGAAGCGAUGUUGUAUUCUGGUUGUCGACGUGGCUGCUGCAUUACAUACCUGCGUAUGUAGCCGACUUCGUGUUUAAUGUGACCUCCAUGAAGCGACCUGAAGGCAUAAAGUCAUUCGUUAAAAUGUAUGAAAAGAUAUACAAAAUGUCUAUGUUGUACGGCUAUUUCCUGAGGAACCAGUGGAAUUUUGUCGAUGACAACACCGUGGCCAUGUUGAACCAAAUGUCAAAAACUGACAGGAUAUUGUUCAAUUUUGACAUUUCGAAGAUCGAUUGGCCGCACUAUAUGCUGAUCUGGUGCAUCGGCUUGAGAAAGUUCAUCGUGAAAGACGGACUCAAAGACAGCGAGUAUGGAAUGAAGAAACAGAGAUGGCUGAAGAUAGCUCACAUUAGUUUUUAUACGCUGUUCUUUGGAGUCGUGUUUUCUUUGUUAUAUCUCGCCUGUAGAAUUUUUAUGUCUGUAAUUUGAAUACGAACGCCGCCGCGCCGCUCAGACACUUACGAAGUAACACUUGUACUUGGGUUUGUAGGUUUUAUAUGUUGCAUUAAAAUGUACUUUGUAAAUUCGAUGUGAUAGAAAACUCAUAAAAGAUUGUCAAUUAAAA